AUGAAGUUCCAAUGCACGGUUGUAACCAUGCCCACCUCCGAUCUCCCGGAACAUGCAUACUCCACUUUGAUGGCAAACGCUACCUUUUCGGUCAUAUCGGAGAAGGAGCCCAGCGGGCCAGUCUUAAAAGCAUGGUUCAAUGAGGUUUACCCACUGGCCAACUCUGAGGCGAAUCAGCUAAUGAACGUUGUGGCAUCCUGGAAAUUCCUCGUCUGGCUACGAGAAUAUGCCGAUGUAGAGGAUUGCGAAGACCUCCUUCGGAAGAACUUGAAUAAGCCAAAUCAUCUCACCGCCCAUCUUCCUGAAGUACUUGAUUCCCUGUCCCUAGCCUCAAUUCAAACCUCUCGGGCAGUUCACUGUCUGAGCUCUUUCACUACUUCCUGGACCUGGAGCAAUGGGUUUAAAAUCGCCUACUCGAGGGAUACUCGUCCUACCAAAGGCUUCGUUGAAAGUGGCCAGAACUCGACAGUUCUUCAUGAAGUAACAUUCGAUGACGAACUUCUUCCAGAAGCAAUUACCAAGAAACACUCUACCACUAGCGAAGCUAUUAAUGCCGGAAAGGAGAUGGGUGCAAAGAACUUCAUUCUCACCCAUUUCAGUCAGCGGUACCCGAGGUUGCCAAUUUUGAGUGCUGUGGAUAACGGGCCGGAGGUGCUUAUCGCGUUUGAUCUUUGCAGGGUUAGGCUUGGAGAUGUGAAAAGAUUCGGAGCGUUCAUACCUGCGUUGACGGAGUUGUAUGAGGAGGCCGAUGAGGAGAAAAUCGAGGGAGAGGAGGAGGUGGAGGAGGAGCCGGUUGUCGAAGAGAAGAAAGGUAAAGUGGGUCAAGCUAGGGGAUAUAAACCUGGGGGGAAUAAGUCCGAGAAGAAAAGCGAUAAGCGAGCAUGA